UUCUUUAGGACCAACAUAACACCACGUCACCACCGCCACCAGUGAGUCGCUCCACUACCACUGACCUCCGCACCCCGGAGUCCGCCACUCCGGCCAUCCACUAUCCUCGAGCCUACCACCAUACGAAAUCUUGGGAUCGUUGGUGUUAUAAAUUCAAGAAAAUGGAUUCUGGGUAUGGUAGAAAGGAAAAGAAAGAAAAAGUUGAUGAUGAUAGAUUAAGCAGCUUGUCAAAUGAUCUCAUCCACAAAAUCCUUUCUUUUAUCGGUGUCAAAGAUGCCGUCAAAACCAUAGCUUUGUCAUCUAGAUAUAGAUUUAUCUGGACUACAAUGCCUUACCUCAACUUCUCUACCGAGGAUUUUCCUAAUUUGCCGAAACUUUCCAAAUUUGUUACAAAUUUUCUCACUCGCCGCAAUACUCAAAUAGACGUGUUUUCACUGAAGCUUAGUUUUCGCGGAAAGGUUAAGCAGCCAUCUGUCAAAAAACUUAUGGACUAUGCGUUCUCUCACAACAUCCAACAACUUGAUGUUAUAUGUUUCUUUGAGAAUAAUGAAAUUGAAUGUCCCCUCUCGCUAUUCAGUUCUGCCCAGUCUCUUAAACAUCUCAGUUUGAAGGGAUUCACACCUAAGCGGUCGAGAGAUGAUUCCAAGUUGUACAACCUUAAAGCCUCGUCAACUUUGGAGCUCCCAGGUUUAACAACAUUGUAUCUCGAAGAUGUCACUUUAUGUAGUGAGGGCCAUACUCAACCCUGCUUUGGCCUUGAUCUAUCCAAGUGUCCAAACUUGAAGAAUCUCACCUUCAAAAGAUGUGAAACAGACGGAUCAAAUAGUUUCAGUGUUUGUCAUCCUGGACUAUCUAAUCUCAAUCUUGAUGGACUCACAUGUGUGGUGUCUGUGAAUUUGGUUGCACCUCAACUGGAGAAUCUCACUAUUAGAUGCAACAACAGUUGUCAGCCGGAGUAUGUGAUUUCUGCACCUAAUCUUGCCUCCUUGGCUUAUAGAGGUUACUAUCCUAUGCACCUUAAUUCUACAGAUGGUUUCCAUUCUUUGAAGGGGGUGGGUAUCUGUAUUUGUCAUCUUAAUGAUACUGAAGGUCAUCAAAUAGUUCGUCUGCUGAAGCAGCUCCACAAUGUCGAAUUUCUAACGCUUAACUUGGAAAUUAUUGAGCUUCUUUCUUCAUCCGUGGAAUUGAUCUCUCAUGAACCUUCUCCGUUUAUUAACUUAAAGAAUUUAACUAUUUAUCCGCAAAAGAUUUCUGAGUGGGACAUGAGGGACCUUCCAAAAGGGAAAGUAAGUAUGUCUACUGAAGUAAAAAAGUAUUUGCUGGAUAGUUCACCAGGGGCCACUGUCACAAUGUUUUCCCGCGAGGAGAUUAUAGCAGUGAAGGAUGUCGCAUCAGCACAAAAGCUUAUGGCCGAAUUACGGGUGUUUUUGGAACAAGAGAAAGGUACUACCAAGACCAAAGGGAAAGCACCAAUGGAGAGCGAUAAUGCAAAGAUGCAUAUGAAAAGCCAGACACAACCAGAUCUGAAGAUGCAACUUGAAAUUGGGGGAAACAUCUCACUGGUCCAGAGUUGUUGGAAAGAUCUGGGUGUGCAGUUUGAGCAAAGGAAAGCCAAGGCUUGUCUCAUUCUUUCCAAGUUGGAGAGCAUUGAAGGAUUACUCAAAAAGCUGCCUCCAACAAAUCGUGCUAUGAUUCAACCAUGUUUUUCUACUCUUUGUGCUGAGGCUGACACCGUCAUGUGUAAACUAAUGAAGAUGCAGUGUGAUGAGAAUCAAAGCCGUUUAAGUCUCUGUUUUCAUGAACUUGCUACAAGUACAACAAUGGAAAUGUCUUCUUAACAAAUUGUUCUUUUAUCAAGUUUAAAAAGUGAGUUUGAUGUUCUUGGAUCCACCGCAUGAGGUACCACGUUCAGUGUGGAAUACAAAUGUUCUUUUUGUGCUGAAUGAAAAUUUCCAAAAUAUUAGUUGGAACUCAAAAGGAAAUUUUUUUGUAAGAACGGGUACAAGUUGUGCCAACAUUCCUUUUUUGUAUAAUAAAAUUAAGAUGUUUGAAA